AUGAAUGGCCACUUGAAAACACGGUCUUUUCACCCAUCAUCCCUCCCACAGGCUUCCCGGCUCAUCGUCACCUUCGACGAGCAUGUCAUCAGCAAUAACUUCAAAUUUGGAGUCAUUUAUCAGAAGCUGGGGCAGACCUCUGAGGAAGAGCUCUUUAGCACCAAUGAGGAAAGCCCUGCCUUUGUGGAGUUCCUUGAAUUUCUUGGCCAGAAAGUCAAACUGCAGGACUUUAAGGGGUUCCGAGGAGGCCUGGAUGUGACCCACGGGCAGACGGGGACCGAGUCUGUGUACUGCAACUUCCGCAACAAGGAGAUCAUGUUUCACGUGUCCACCAAGCUGCCCUACACAGAAGGGGACACCCAGCAGUUGCAGCGAAAGCGGCACAUCGGGAAUGACAUCGUAGCUGUGGUCUUCCAGGAUGAAAACACGCCCUUCGUGCCUGACAUGAUUGCAUCCAACUUCCUGCAUGCCUACGUGGUCGUGCAGGCCGAGGGCGGGGGCCCCGACGGCCCCCUCUACAAGGUCUCUGUCACUGCGAGAGAUGACGUGCCCUUCUUUGGCCCCCCCCUGCCGGACCCCGCUGUGUUCAGAAAGGGGCCUGAGUUCCAGGAAUUUUUGCUGACAAAGCUGAUCAAUGCUGAAUAUGCCUGCUACAAGGCAGAGAAGUUUGCCAAACUGGAGGAGCGGACACGGGCCGCCCUCCUGGAGACGCUCUAUGAGGAGCUGCACGUCCACAGCCAGUCCAUGAUGGGCCUGGGCGGCGACGAGGACAAGAUGGAGAACGGCGGCGGCGGGGGCGGCUUCUUUGAGUCUUUCAAG